GAUUUGCUGCUGCCUAAUUUUAUGGCCUUACCAAAUUGAGUACAAAACAAUUGAAGUCAAUUUUAAAACCCUGCUCAAAUCCACUAUUGUCAAUGCUUGUGUUCACACUUGGCUCACACAUUCUUUGAAAAGCCAACAGUAAGAAGACUUUCUUAUUUCUUCCCUCUCUCUCUCUCUCUCUAACCCUCUUCUGUCUUUUGCUUCAAAGUUUUUAAAUCUUUUUCCAUAUCUUAUUUCUCUUAUAAUUAUAUGAAACUCUCUUCUCUUACAACUCAAGAACAAGAACACUACUUAUCCUUUUGUCUCCACACCCUCACUUAGCCAAAUGAAUGAAACCAACAACACAAAGAAGAGGCAAAGAAAAGGUUAUAGGCAAGAAAGUGUUGAUAAGGAUGAUAGCAAUUCAUUUGAAGAAGACAGCAAUAACACCACCAGCUUAAAGACAAAAGAUUUGAGUGGUAUAAUCACAUCUUUGAUUUUAAUUGAAGAUCAAGAAAAGUGUGAUCAAGAAGAGGAGAACAGAGCCUUCUCUGAGGAGAAACAUUUACUUGAAGCAAAUCACAAGAAAAAGACUAGAACAGCGGUUGAAUACUAUUCCAAUCUACAAGAUUACUACUCAGAAAUUGAAGAAACUGAUCGAGUUAAGCGCAAGAAAUCGCGGGCAAUAGCUGGUGCUGCAGCUAUCUCUGCUUCCUCUAAUGGUGUUGCUAACAAGGCAACUGGUGAUGCAAAACAAGGGAGUGGUGGCGGUGGUGGUCAACAGAGACGAUUAUGGGUGAAAGACAGAGAUAAAGAGUGGUGGGAUGAAUGUAACAGGCCUGAUUAUCCGGAGGAGGAAUUCAAGAAAGCUUUUAGAAUGAGUAAAGCUACUUUUGACCUGAUUUGCGAGGAGCUACAUUCGUGUAUACAAAAGGAAGAUACUACUUUGAGAAAUGCUAUUCCUGUCAGGCAAAGAGUUGCUGUCUGUAUUUGGAGAUUAGCUACUGGUGAACCACUUAGACUUGUGUCAAAGAGGUUUGGUUUAGGUAUUUCUACUUGUCAUAAAUUGGUUCUUGAAGUUUGUUCUGCUAUAAAGAAUGUUUUAAUGCCUAAAUAUUUGCAAUGGCCUGAUGAAGACAGUUUGAAGAAGGUUAAAAAUGAAUUUGAAUCAAUUUCAGGGAUACCUAAUGUUGUCGGGUCUAUGUAUACUACUCAUAUACCUAUUAUAGCUCCGAAGAUUAGCGUUGCUGCUUAUUUUAAUAAGAGGCAUACAGAAAGGAAUCAGAAAACAUCUUAUUCUAUCACAGUUCAAGGUGUUGUUGAUCCGAAAGGGGUGUUUACUGAUGUGUGUAUUGGUUGGCCUGGUUCAAUGCCUGAUGAUCAGGUGCUGGAGAAGUCUGCUUUGUAUCAAAGGGCUAAUGGAGGUCUUUUGAAAGAUGUUUGGAUUGUUGGGAGUUCGGGAUACCCUUUAAUGGAUUGGGUUUUGGUGCCUUACACACAGCAACACUUGACUUGGACUCAGCAUGCCUUCAAUGAGAAGAUUGGGGAGGUUCAAAGUGUCGCUAAGGAAGCCUUUACGAGAUUGAAAGGGAGAUGGAGUUGCUUGCAGAAGAGAACAGAAGUAAAACUACAGGACUUACCUGUGGUUCUUGGGGCAUGCUGCGUACUCCAUAAUAUUUGUGAAUUGCGUAAAGAGGAAAUUGAUCCAAAGUUGAGGGUUGAACUUGUUGAUGAUGAAAUGGUACCUGAGGUUGCACUGAGAUCAGCAAGUUCAAUGAAGGCGAGAGAUGCUAUUGCUCAUAAUCUCUUGCACCACUGUCAUGCAGGCACUGGUUUUCUAUAGUUCAAAAUGUUAGUUUUCCCUGAUAUCAAAAUUCUUUUUGCCCUUUGGUUCGUUAUACUUUCUUUUUGUAGAAUACAACCAUUUCCAUUCAUCAUAUUUUAUUGAAGGGGAGCUAUGUAAACAGUAUGUUUCCUCUCCUCACUCCCAGCUAGCAGAUAGUAGCCUUUACACAUUUUAAGUUAUACAUAUCGAUAACAGUAACUCAUGUAACCCAGUAAUCAUACUCAAAUUAGAAUAAAAGAUGAAUGAAAUUGACAUUGUAUGACUCUUAAACUUAA